UUCAAUCAAUCAAACCUCAAUUGAAUAUAAUCAAAUCAUAGAAUCAGUACUUGGGUUCAUACAAUCAAAGCCUAACAUACAAAUCUAGGGUUCACCAUACCCAGAUGAAUGGGAGAACUACUCCAUGGAGAAAGAAGCAAAAGCAGAAUCAGACGCGGAAUUCAUACUGUGAAGGAUGGAUUCCUGCUCUUGUACGUUGAUCGGCACUUCUCCAAGCUCAAACUGGCCUCCAAUGGUGCUGAAGAUCAAGCUAGGGCACUUGGAGACUCUUGUUCGUCGCUUUCUCUCUCUAGGAAUCGCUCUAUCACUCUCAAAACUCGAAUCCUCUUCUGUUUUGGCUGAAAUCUGCUUAAAAGGGCAUCAGUGGCCAAAGCACGGUCUAGGGCACGGCCGUGCUUUGCCUCAGCCCGCCCGUGCUUUGGCUAGGGUUAAUUACACGGCCAUUGUGUUGGUGCAAACACGGCCGUGCUUUGGAGAGGACACGGCCGUGCAUUGGGUGGACACGGUCGUGCUUUCAGCCCGUGUUUUGCCAAUGUUUGCCAAACUCGAAUUUGCUCUCGGCAGUAAAAGCACGGCCACAGAACACGGCCGUGUUCUGUUUUAGGUGUGCCCGUGUUUUGGCUCCAGCUCGACGAAAUGAAUUCCGAAUGCCCCG